AUGCCUGCGCCCACAACCCACCACACCCGCCUGCGCCACGGCGCCCCGACGCUCCUGCUCCUCCUGACGGCUCUCGCCACCACCCUCGCCUGCCGCCACCUGCCUCCCUGCCACUCCACCUUCCCCUGGGACAGCCUCAGCAUCCUCCGGGACAUGGCUCCCAGACCGCCACAGCCCUGCCAACACCAACAGGCGCCCUUCCCCUUCCCCGACACCCUCCUCCACAACAGCCACCCACAGCAAGCCGCCGCCACCGCCCGACACAUCCUCGACAACCUCUUCGCCACCCUCAGCGCACAGAGCACCCCCCAACACUGGGACGACCAGGCACGCCAUCGCCUCCUCAACAACCUCCACCGCCACAGCCAGCAGCUCCAGCAAUGCCUCGCACCCAACGGCACGCUCUCCCAAGGACAAGGGCCCCGCAACCGCACGCUCACCAUCAACAAAUACUUCGGGCGCAUCCACAACUUCCUCCACACCCACAACCACAGCGCCUGCGCCUGGGACCACGUCCGCCUCGAAGUUCGCGCCUCUUUCCAGCGCCUCCACAACCUCACCCGCACCAUGUGCAAUUAGACCAACCGCCCCGACCAACCCGCGCGCACCCACGCGCCCCCGCCACCACUUCUCCAACACCGACGCGGCCCCACCGCGGGCCUCCCGCCUCCCCUCACCCGUGCCAAGAGCCGCUGCAACAACGGCCCUGCGCCCUCAGCCUCCACUGACCCCCUCCCCUAUUUAUACAACUCCCUCUAUUUAUUUUCACAAUGCCUUUUAUCUAUUUAUUCACCUAUUUAUUCCACAGACAAUAAAGACCUGUUGCAAAAACCGUGACACUGCCUCGCCUCUCACAAGCACAGCCACCAGCCUUUGGCGUGGCGGGAAGCCACCUCCACUCAACACCUACUCCGCUCAACCCCUGCUCCAAACAGGGCUCCGCACAUCCCGCGCCCGCUCUUCUCUUUGCCGCCUCCCCAAGGAGCCGCUGGCCUCAACCUCCUGCCAAAACCUCCGCGCCAGCCUUUAGCCAUCGUCAUCACCAUCGGCUCGGCGGCCCUCCCCCUCCUCAACACUGUCCACCUUCCACCCCGCUUCACAUCA